AUGCAGUUAAUCCACCUCAACAUCGCGCUCUCUCUGCUCGCCAUAACGUGUUCGGCUGGCCCGAUCGCCCAGUUUACCCACAAGAUUCGAGAUCUGGAACAAAACAGCCAGAGUCCUGGCCCUACAGCAUAUCCCAGCCCGGUGCCACUCAAUAUACAUGUGCCGGCGGCUUCUGAUGAAGCGAAUGGUGGCUUGGACGUCGUUCCCAGCACGCCUUCCGUGACGGCGGAUGGUACUCAGACAGCGGUGCCAAAGGCUUCGCAUACCUCUACUGAGGUUCCUGAAUCUUCGAGGCUUCCGGCAGAAGGGCAGUCGAGCGCAUUUACUCCGUUGUCGUCUACGGAGACUACUUUGGCUUCGUCUACAGCGGACAGUUCUCGUGCAACGGUGGAUAGUGGGACGUCUAGCUCUACUGAGGUACCUGCAUCGUCGACGCUUUCAGCAGACGGAUAUUUGGGGACAGUUACUCCAUUGUCGUCUCCAGGGGUUACUUUGGCUUCGUCUACAGCCGACAGUUCUCGUGCAACAGUGGAUAGUAGUACAUCUAGCACUACAGAGAUACCUGCAUCUUCCACACUUGCAAGGGGAAAGCAUUCGUCUGCGAUCGCUUCCUCGUCCGCAGAAGCUACUUUGCCUUCAUCGGAGACAUCUGUGGUUGUCGUUCCGAUGACCUCUUACUCUCAAUCGGCGUCCCACUCAGCGUUAACUCCGAGUGUGUCCAAGUCUACAACCUCAACCUCGAUCCCUGUUAUCAAGCACAGUCCAACAGCGGGACCUUCACCUGAGCUUUCCACAUUUACACCCAUUUCAAUCGGUAUCAUUUCACCAAGCUCGGCCUCAGCAAGCACAUCCAGCACAAAAUCCAGCCUGACUGUUGGUGUCGUUGGACCUUUGACUGAUAUCGGGACGGCCAGCUCAUCUCCUUCAACUACUCUCUUUGCAACGGCUCUGCCAGAGACUCCUUCAACUCCUACGGUGACCGAGACCACGACGUCCAGCCCGACUGCCAGCGUCGUAGGACCGCAACCCGAGACAGAUAAAACAACCUCUUUUUCCUCUUCAACAGCAUCUGCAUCCCCUCUACCAGACACAACACCAACAGAGCCAGCAGGUCAGAUUCAUACCACCUCCAGCGCACACUCCACACCCACCACCACACAGAGCACAAGUACAGCCGAAAGUACAAAUACACACCCGCCCGUCAACUCCACAACACCAGUCCCCUUCAUCGGAGAAAGCACAAGCAGUCAGCUCCAGAGCGCUAGCCCUACCGCCAGCACCGGCAGUGACAUCACUCCCGUCCUCACACCUGUGAUUGUCUUGAUUACACCAGGCGCAGAACCGACGUCAACGACAACGACGACCACAACGCACCCAGACCCAUACACAAACGCAAACGCAAACACAGAUCCAACAAGCAGCCCUGCAUCUGACCCUACCGAAGGAGAGGAGAUAACCACAAUCCACGCGACAGCAACCGUAACCAAGAGCGUGGUUGUAUUUGCUUCCAGCACUCCUACUGCUCAGACGCCAGCUCCAGCUGCAGGUGCCAGCACCGAGGAGACUGAGCCGGGAUUGGGCUCAAAGAUCACACUUACGACGGCUACAGCUACGGCUGCGCCUACUGCCCCCUUCAAAGAUCCAGGUGAUGCCCAUUUGUCCAUUGUGCCUGUUACGCCGGGGGUGAUGACUGUGACCACUACCAAGACAGAGACUGAGACCGAAACCGUGACUAAAACGGAGAGAGAGACUGUAACGCAGACUGUCACGGAGACUAUGACGGAGAAGGAGACUGUCACUUUGCGGGGCAAUUAG